UUGGUUAAAUUAUAUUUUGGCCUUUGUACCUUACCUUUCAUGUUAGGUUGCCUUUGUACUUCUGGAAGUUUUGUUUUAAUCCCGGGUAUAAAUCCCAAUGUUAAUAAGAAAUUAAUAUUUCUUGGCCAACGAUACAAAGUAUUAUAGUUAAAAACAGACAAAAUGUCAAAGUAACAAUGAAAUAUAUAAUUUAAGAUUUGAUGAAAGCUACAUUUCUUGGUAAAUACUUGUUAAGGCUUGUGUGUUUGGGAGUUUGAUGGACAGAGACAACUGUGUUUACUGUAAUAUUUUAUAAGAUAAAUAUUCUUCUGAAUUCAUAGUUUAAAGUUUGUUCAAUUAUCAUAUUCCAUCAGCAAGCAAAUUGUGUUCCAUUAUUUAUCAUAUUAGACAGUGUCAAAGUCAAUCGAAUUUGGAUUGGCCAUUGUUGUAGCCUAUCUGAAUCAUUACCUUCCUGGCUUCCCAAAUCAAAAGUAUGUUUUUUAUGCUUAAUUUAAAAAGUAAUAAACAAUUUUGAAGAAACAAAUAAAAGCUUCCCCCUUGGAAGUUGAAAUUCUGAUUGCUUUUGCAAGAGAAGGGGAAACCACCUUUUAGCGUAGGUGAACAUGAGCAACGAAGUCGUCGGCGACGGCCGGCGGCGAGCCACAGCGCUGCAAUUUCUUGACCUGGUACGUGACUUUGUUCUGAUGUCAGGGAGGCCCAUCGCCGGCGCCGGAGACGUGAUGCAAAAGGACUGCACCGAUCUCAUCCGUCGGAUCGCGCUCCUGAUUCAUCUGGCGGAGGAGAUCAUGAACUUCCGCCGCGGCGGCGACAAUUUGGCGGAAUUGAAUGAGUCUGGUUCUUCUUCUUCUUGUUCUCUGGAUUGCCUUUCGGAAGUGGUCGGAGCCAUUCAGGCGGCGAAGCGCCUUCUCUACGCCGCUUUGACUUUCUCUGGAAACGACGACGCUUCUGCGGCUUCGACUGAUGGAGCUACCAAAAAAUUGGUUUACCAAUUUCAGUAUGUGACAAACAGAUUGCAAAAUGCACUUGCAAAUUUGCCAUACGACCACUUUUGCAUCUCAGAUGAAGUUCAGGAACAGGUUGAUUUGGUUAGAGCUCAGUUGAGGAGAGCAGAAAAGAAGUAUGAGUCCAUGUCUGAACUUGCAAACAAGAAGCUUCAUUCUCAAGGCUCUGUAAAAUGGAAGGUCAACAAUGAUGUUACGAGCAUGUCUAGUGUUGAUUAUGAAGUUCCCGAGUCGCAGCAUCGUCCCCAGAACCGUGACUAUCAGGUCGGUUUCGAUCCGGAGGAGCCGAAGGCCUCGGAUUUGUGUAUGGAUGAGUGUUCAAGUGUUGUUCAAUCUGAUAUGGAAGAUGUUCAAGCCACCAAGAGCCAGGAGGAGGUUGAGAAGUCUGAUGAAAUUAUGAUUCCUGAGAACUUCUUGUGCCCCAUCUCCUUUGAAUUGAUGGUAGAUCCCGUCAUCAUCUCGACAGGACAGACCUAUGAGAGAUCCAAUAUACAGAGGUGGAUAGACAAAGGGAACAAAACUUGUCCAAAAACUCAGGAGCAGCUCCAAGCUUUGAUCCUCACUCCAAAUUUUCUCAUGAAACAACUGAUCUCUGAAUGGUGCCAAGAACACAAUGUCAAGCUAGAGGAAGGAUUAACCACCAGAAAAAUCAAGAAGUACAGAUCAUUCGAAGAUGGUUCUCGAAAGAGGGUACCCGUCAAAACUCUAGUUCGACACCUCUCUUUCGGGUCGGCUCAUGAGAAAAAGGCAGCAGUGACAGAGAUCCGAAAACUAACGAAAAGUAGCUCAGAACAUAGAGUUGAAAUAGCAGAGGCAGGAGCAAUCCCACAGCUGGUUAACCUUUUAACUUCAGAAGAUGUUCUAACACAAGAGAAUGCAAUUUCUUGCAUUUUGAAUCUUUCACUUCAUGAGCAGAACAAGAGACUUGUUAUGCUUUCUGGUGCAGUUUCCUACAUUUCCCAAGUCCUAAAAUUUGGGAGCUUGGAAGCGAGAGAGUGUGCUGCUGCGACGCUUUACAGCUUGUCGUUAGCCGACGAGAACAAGGCGGUCAUCGGGGCUUCGGGCGUGAUCCCGGGCCUGUUGGAAAUUCUCGAGAUCGGGAGUGCAAGAGGGAAGAAAGAUGCAGCAAGGGCCCUGUUGAAUUUGUGUAUGUACCAAGGGAACAAAAGCAGGGCUGUGAAGGCUGGCAUAGUCAGACCAUUGUUGAAAUUGCUCUCAGAUUCAGAUGCCUCCAUGGUUGAUGAAGCGCUGUAUAUAAUGUCGGUUCUUUGCGUCCAUCCGGAGGCGAAGGCAGCAAUGGCGAAUGCGAAUUCGCUUCUCGUUCUGACCGAGGUUCUGAAGACGGGGGCGUCUCGGAGCAAGGAAAAUGCAGCUGCAGUUAUGUUUGUAUUGUGCAAGGGAGAUUUGGAGAAGCUUUCAUGGUUAACCAAGCUUGGCGCAACGAUACCGUUGAUGAUACUCGCCGAGAACGGCACGGGGAGAGCGAGGCGGAAGGCUACUUCAUUGUUGGAGGAACUCAGAAGAUCAUGAGCAAGAUUCAAGCCAGUUUUUAGUGUGAUUGAGAGCCUCACUUUCAAUGGCCCUUUUUUGUUUCUGGCAUGUUGGGGAGCUUCUGUUUGGAUCAAUUUUAGCAGAUUGUGAAUAUUUUUCAAUUCUCUUGAUUUUCUUUUCUUCAGUUCCUCUCAAGUUUUCUAGAAGCAAAUUAAAACUUAAAACUAAAUUGUGUAAUCUUGUUAAUUAUAUAGUUUGAUAACUAUUUUCAGGGCUCCAAACCUGGAACUAAGUUUGUAUUGAACUAGUGAUCAC